AUGUCUGUUCUCAGCGAAAUUUACAAGUUUGAAGGUGAAAAAGAGAAAAUCAAGAUUCUCAAACCAUUAUGGAAUGUAAUUACAGAUUAUCUUGUGAUAUUUUUGGCAGUGAUGUCCAUAGUAUUUGGAGGUAUGCAAAUUACAUCUGGCAAUUUCCAGUGUUUGGCUGCCGUUGAUUGCCCAGGUAUUUCAAGAUCAAAUAUGAGCAGCUUCUUGUUGUCACAUAUUAAAUAUCGUAAUGUUUGUAAAGCAUUUUACAGUUCUCAGAAAACCAACAUUGUAAAAAGAACAGACGUCGUGACCGACCUUAAAACCAGUCUUUAUUACACCAAUUUUGUCAAUUUGGAAUGCAGUAAAAGCGCUAUUCCUGACUUUCUUGUCUACUUUUGGUUUGCAAUAUUUAUUCAAGCAUUUAUCCUUAUCGUACUUAAUAAUCUGUGGCUUAAACUCCCUCAUACUGCGUCAGUUAUUGAAGAUUUUGUAUCCCUUGUGAUAGAAUGUUAUGCUUCACCAUUCCCAAAUUUCGUGUCAACGCAAACUCGAUCAGACAAACGUGUAAGAGAUCAUGCAGUUAAUCAGCAGCCAGAUAGCACGAAUAGCGAAACGGCAAGGCUUGUCCCUGACAAUAAUGGUAACCAACCUCACGAAUUUGAUAACAUCUCACAGAAUCCUUCAAGAUGUCAUGCAGAUGGUCAGCAGCCAGACAGCAGCGAUAUCGAAAUGGCAACGCUCCUCCCUGACAGUAAUGCAUGUAACCAACUUCACGAUAACAUCCCGCAGAAUCCUUCAAGACGUCACGCAGAUGAUCAACCGCGAGAUACCAACGAUAUCGAAAUGGCAAGGCUCGGCCCUGACUAUAAUGGUAACCAACCUCACGAUAACAUCUCGCAGAAUUCUUCAAGACGUCAUGCAGUUGAUCAACCGCGCGAUACCGACGCUGCAGAAAUGCCCGCCUCUAACAAUGAUGGUAACCAACCUUACAAUUUCGAUGUCUUACAGGAUCCAGCAACUAUACCUUACAAUUUCAAUGUCUUACAGGAUCCAGCAACUAUCAGUGCGGUUAAAACUUUGUAUGAAAAGGUACAUACAUUUAAGGAAAAUGUUGAAUCGUCCCAGAAAAUAUGGCGGUUAUAUUUGUUUCAAACUGUACUUCAAGCUUCAUUCGCGAUCGCAUUCUUCGUUUUUGAUAUUUACUUCAUGAAGGACUUAAAAGGAACAAUGACCUGUACACUUAAUCAACACAUCCCUGUGGCUCAUGAUUAUUUCAUUUGUUCACAUAACCUGGCGCCUACAUAUGUUUGGGGAUUGAAAGUGGUAUAUCUUCCAACGCUAGCGUUCGCUUUUGCCAUCUUUAUUUUUACCAUUGCAUGGACGUUUAAAAGAAGAGGUAAAAACAAAUUUGAAUAUGACUUUAAAAAGAAACGUUUGCCUUCGCCGCGAGCAAAUGUGAUGACUGAUACUUUAACAGUGGAUAAAGACUUUGGUUUUCUUCUACACUUAUUGCACUCCUACAAUAAAUU